UUCAUGCCUUCUUCUCCAAGCUCACAGCUCCUCCUCUUGCGCCCUUUUCCAAACUGCGAGCCUCCAGUCUCUUUUCUCUUGUUGAGUUCUUGGUCCUCGAAAAAAAAAAAAGAAAAAAAAUGCAUUUCUUAACCGCCGCGAGGAGCAUGCUUUGCCUUUCCUCUCUUCUACUCGUGCUUCCUUGUCUCUUGGGCCAAGCAGCAGGAGGCAGGCUUCUGGAGCAUUGUGGGUUCACCGCCAUCUACUGCUUCGGAGACUCCACGUUCGACAGCGGGAACGCCCUGGCCGAGUUCCCCGGCGGGCCCAUGGGCCGAUUCCCUUACGGCGUCACCAUCCAUCGUGCUACGGGCCGCUUCUCCGAUGGCUACACCAUCAUCGACCGCAUAGCCGAGGCGGCCGGGGUUCCUCCCCUGAACCCGUAUUUGAAGAGAGACGUGGAGCACUCCAAUGGAGCCAACUUCGCGGUGGGAGGAGUGGGGCUUUUGUCCAAGGAAGCUCGAGCCAAAUGGCACGUCAAGUUGCCCUUCUCCAAUAGCAGCGUGGACAUCCAGCUCAAGUGGUUCGACCGGCACCUCAACCAGGCCUACAGAAAUCAAACCGCCCGUCGGGAGCGCGUGGAAUCAUCACUGUUGGUGCUUGGUGGAGCCGGCAACGACUACGCCAACAUAAACCUCAAACUCAGCUCUCUCCCUCGGGUCGACCAAAUGAAGCGAAUCAUGCCCGAUCUCUUGGCAGCCACUCAGGCUUACGUCAAGAAGCUGAUAACUGAGUAUGGAGCGAGGAAGGUGGUGGUGCCUGGAAUCUUCAAAGUUGGAUGCAUGGUGAUGAGUAGUGGAGUUCACUGCGACAACAACCUCAGUUCGGUGGCUGCACUUCACAACCAAUUGCUUCAACAGGAGCUGGAGAGGCUGCGGGAGGAGUUCCCCGGCGUGAGAAUUGUCUACGGGGACAUGUGGGGAGCAACGGAGUGGCUUUUCGACCAUUUUCGGGCAGCAGGGAUCCACCAUCCCAACGAGAGAUGCUGCGGGAAUUCUUCCAUCAGGUGUGGGAUGCCUGGGGCACCAUACUGCGGAAACCCUAGCGAUUAUAUAAAUUGGGAUGACAACCAUUCCACCGACCACGCGUACCGGAUAAUGUCCGACUUUCUCAUCCCCCAAUUGGCCGCCGGGCUUGGAUGUGGAGCCAACAACGACAAGGGAGAUAGCAGCAGCAGCUCCUCCGCAUCAGCAGCAGGAUUAUUUGGAUCUCUAGUGCCACCAUUCCGUAUCUUUACAACUCUUUUGCUUCUGUUCCUUCUCCUCUCUGCUUAGAACAAUUUCGUAGGGAUCUUUUAUGAAUGAAUGGUUGUAUUUAUCGGAAUUAAUUAAGCACGUAAAUUUAGCAAAAUGGAUGUAUUGUAUUUCCGACCUAGUUCAGAAAGUCUCUAGCUACUGGUUUCAAACU